AUGGUUGUGAGCUGGUUAGAAGAUGAAGGUUUAGGACAAUAUACUGAUGUUUGUUCAAACCAUGUAACGUCUGGUGAUGAUCUGGUGAAAAUGACGUCAGCAGACCUUGAGAAAGUCCUGGGAAUGAAAAAAAUGUUGCAUCGAAAGAAACUUCAUCUGGCACUGCAG